UUACGUCGGUUUCGGUAGCCCUGAAAAGUCCGUGGCUGACAGCGUUCUAGAAUUUUGAAACUUUCCGGGGCUGCCUAGCUGCCUGUGAUUGGCCGACGCGGAUGUAACCUCCAUGCAAAUGAAGCCACGCCACCCCGCCGCCUGGAGAUCAAUAGAGAUCUGAGAGAGAAAGGAGCAUGCAUUCAGGCUCGGGCAAGCUCAGGGAAAACCUGCCAAGGCACGCCAAAAACACCCCCCAAACUGGUCCCCCCAAAGCCAGGCGAAGUAGCAAAGCCCCCCAGGCAGCCCCCACACCCUCAGACACGACCCCCGGUCCCCAGAGUGCCUCUAAAGCGAGCGCUGUUUUUCUCGUGUUUCUUAUGAGCCCAGGAUGAGCAACAAAGAAGACCCGAGCAAGUGUUGUCCCGCAGCAGCUCCGAUCUCCAGUUUUACCAUCCAGUCCAUCCUAGGCAGCGGCACCUCGGAAGGAGGCAGGGAGCCCAGCUCCAAGCAGGCAGCCUCAGCUUGGCCGAGCAGGAAGAGGAGCCUAUCCAUAUCUUCCGAAGAAGAGGAGCCGGAUGAGAGCUGGAAACAUCCCGCUUGCUUCUGCCCCGACUCGCAUGGUCCUAAAGAAACGUGCCACAAACACCAACCCAUCAGUUUCACGUGUCUCAGCAAUCCGAAGGGGAAUGGCUCGGUGAUCAAUCCCGACAGGACGCCACCUUUUCUCUCUCAACCGCAGCCAGACUUUAAAGAAGAAAAAGAGAAACACUUUGCUCCGAGCUCCCCGUCUUCGGCGGACAGACAAAGAGACGGGUCGGACAGGCAGGCUAGCUCGGCCAAAAAGAAGACGCGCACGGUUUUCUCCAGGAGCCAAGUCUACCAGCUCGAGUCGACCUUCGACAUGAAGCGCUACCUGAGCAGCUCCGAGCGGGCCUGCCUAGCCUCCAGUUUGCAGCUGACAGAGACCCAGGUGAAAACCUGGUUUCAGAACCGCAGGAACAAAUGGAAACGGCAACUCUCGGCGGAACUGGAGGCGGCCAAUAUGGCCCACGCCUCAGCUCAGACUCUAGUGGGGAUGCCCCUGGUUUUCAGAGACAAUUCCCUCCUCAGAGUGCCAGUUCCCAGAUCCAUCGCCUUCCCGGCUCCCUUAUACUAUCCAGGCAGCAAUUUGUCAGCCUUACCUCUUUAUAAUCUCUACAACAAGAUCGACUAUUGAACUGCCUCUAGAACGACGAGCCGCGGUUGAGGAGAACUCCAGUCUCGCUAGAUGGCCGUCUCAGCCGCGAUCUUUUCUUUCCCCACCCGUCUGUUAUUCAUAGGAAAGGAGAAAUGUGCUUCUUGCGUUAAGAAAUACACCAUGUGUAUUCAUUAUUAUAAUUUUUUUAAAAAAAACAUUUUAUUUAUAGGAAUCCUCUCUGGGUUAGUUUUGUUUUGGUUCCUAGGCAGCCAUAGAGAGCGUGUCAUUUCCCACCCGCACCCCAUUUUGUUUGGUCUCUGUCCUUUUCUAGACAUAACAAAGUGCAGUCCGACCUUGAACAGUAUCAAAACCACAGCCUCGGCUCCUGUUCAAGAAAAGCGCGGCUCUGACUGCGUGUGCAGGUAGGAAAAACCAGGGCGCUGGAGUGGUCAGCUAUUUUCGAGUCUCCUCUCGCUCGUUUCCACAGUUUCUUUUCGCCCUGAGUAUUAAUGGUAUCUGCGGGAAAUAAAAUAAAAAUAGCGUAUUUCAGAUCUGUACAUAUUUUUAAAGAAAAUAAAGCAUUUUAAACAUCGUUGGUAACUUUGAUCAGAUUGCUUGUGUUUUUCCGUUUCUCCCCCCUCCUGCAAUUCGAUUCAUUCUGCCCUACAGGCACCUCA